AUUGGAUAUUGGACGCGCACUUAUGGAAUAAGGAGCUACAUGUAUGAGUUCGACCUCGAAACGUAUGUUUGUAAUCACUUCGUGCAUUUUUUAUUUACUACUUGGGCUUGUGUGUUCAACUGAGACACUACACACAGUCUAUCAGCUACAAGAAAGUCUUGAAAUUCCGGUCGUUCAAAAGGAGUCUUUCGUAAUAUGCCCAGUAUUAUCAGCUGUUCGAGACUGGCCCUAUAUGGUUUUUGGAGAUUACUUAGUUAAUGUUGGCUAUGAUGUCAUAGAUAGCCUAGGAUUUUCAGAGCCAUCUUUCAAAGUCCAUACUAGAUGGUUGGGACAGUCUGAUACAGAAUCAGUAAAGCAAAUGAGUGGCCUACAUGAUUCAACCAGCCUGGUUGACUUCAAUCUAACCGGUUUUGAAGCAGAUGACAGUGAAAACAACGAGAUAAUACAAUCAAACAAUUCAAGAGUUUUUUUCACAUUGUCUCCCACUCCAAAUAUGUGUUUUAUGAUAUUUGAUUUACAGCCAACCUACAAGCACUCAGGUCGGUUGAAAAUCUCUUCUACUCUUGAGUUUGACAGAAAGCGUCUAAUCCAGUCGUUGACAGGUCUUCUGAUAGUUAUUUGCUCGAAUUCUCUAGCGAACUCUAUAGUGUUUUAUUAUCUAUCCGGUGUCAGUAUUGUUGUUUGCUCCAGUUUACUCCUUAUUAUAAUGAUUUUGAUAAAAAUGAUGCCAAUGAGACGAGUAGGAGCUAUGUUGCAAGGUGUGGUUUUCCUCCUUAGUGGUACUCUUGGCUUGACAUUUGUGUUUAUCGAAUAUCUCCGUUCUGUGGUCUUCAAUGUGAUGAUGUCAAACUGGGAAUUUGUCCUUGGCUAUGUGUCAGUCGUAUCAAUUUGUUCCUUUGUUAUAUUAUACUGGCUACAAGUACCAGACAAACUGAUACAAAAUUACCCUCGUACGAAAAUCAUAACCACAAUGUUCUUUCGUUUGACUGGAAGCCUUUUAUUUGUAUAUAGUAUGCGCUUGCCUGUUGUCAACUUCUCAGAUCUAACCUUUCUAAAAUUCAUUGAGAACAGGUUUGCUUUGUCCGGCAUCUUUGAAGCAUUAAACAAAUAUCCGGAUUUACUUAUACGCGUUUGCAUAAUUUUUUGUGUAAAUAUUAUAUCCACUAUACUGCAACGUCAUUUAAACCGUUCUAAAAAGCCUGAAAGUUUUUCCAAGAUACCAUCUGUACAAAACCAGGUUUCUGAUACUCCGCACACACGCCGAUAUUAUAUGCCAGGUUCACCAUGGGCUGCAUCCUCCCCUUGCUACCAUGAUGCUGGUUUCGUGUCAGAGAAAGAUAAUAGUUAUGGAUUAUAUUCUCAAUUUUCAGACUAUAACGUCAUGAAAAGUACUCCAUGGACCUCGGAGCAUCCUUCUAUACAUAAAAGACAAUCCUAUGUAUCUCGACAAGAGAGCCAACAUUUAUGUAAAUAUGAAAUAUUAACUGAUGAUGAAGAUUGAUAUAUGUUAUUCUGUUUGAACAGAGAAAACUGUCUGCAUUUCUUGUAUCUUGUUUUUAAUUGCUGUCAUUUUGUAAUAAAAGAUUUCAACCGUA